AUGACCGCCCCGUACCAAAAGGAACUGGACCUCGGUCUUUUAGCGGUCCAACGCGCCGCUCUCCUUACAAAAACCGUCCUCGCCUCGGUGGACAAGGGUGCCCAAACCAAAGAGGAUAACAGUCCCGUGACGGUGGCCGACCUCGGUGCACAAGCGCUUCUCAUAAGCGCCAUACACCAUAACUUUCCCAACGACGAGUUCGUGGGCGAAGAGUCGUCCGAGACGCUCAGGCACGACAAACACCUGUGCGACAGAGUAUGGGACCUGGUUCGGACGACGUGUCUAGCGUGUCAAGACACUCAACAUCUUCUCGGCACAAUCUCCUCAAAAGACGACAUGCUCGACGCGAUCGAUCGCGGGUGCGGUCGCGGAGGGAGGUCGGGACGAAUCUGGAUGCUCGACCCUAUCGACGGGACCAAGGCGUUCAUGACCGGAGGGCAAUAUGUCGUUGCUCUCGCGCUCAUUGAAGAUGGGGAGCAACGCGUCGGAACUCUGGGGUGUCCGAACCUGCACCUCGAGCGGUUCGGCGGAGAAGUAAGUGACGCAUCGGCUGCCACGGAAGGCGAGGGUGUCGUGAUAUCAGCGGUGCGUGGUCAAGGGGCGUACGUGAGACCGUUGUCGUUGUCACGGCCUGGACUGCUGCUCUCUCUGGAUUCCGAGGUGCGCAGGAUCAGCAAACCACCCCGACGAUCGGGACGACCGAUCCAAUUCGUCGAGUCGACGGAGAGCCGGUCGAGCGACCUCGACGCCCACCGAGGCGUCGCUGAAAAGCUGGGCUCCAACUGGCCUGGCACCGAGGUGUUUGCAAUCCAAAUGCGAUACGUUGCCAUGGCCGCCGGACACUGCGACGUCAUGGUCCGCAUCCCGAGCGACAACGAGCACCAUGAAAUGGCCUGGGACCACGCGGGAGGUGUCCUGGUCUUGCAAGAGGCCGGCGGCAAGGUCGCGGACCUAGACGGAAGCCCGAUCGAUUUUGGAGCUGGGAGGCAAUUACAACACAAUCACGGCAUAGUCGCGGCGACGAACGACGUGCACGCGCAGGCAUUGAAGACGGCACAGGAAAUUCUGCGAGACAGAUCGAAACCAUCAUGA